AUGAGAGGCUCAUUCAAGUCCGACGACUUCAAGCGGCUGUUCAAGGACUUGCCUGACGAUGAGAGGCUCAUUGUAGACAAGAAGAGCUGGUACAACGCGCUGUAUCCCACCUACAAGAGCAAGUCCGACGACUUCAAGCGGCUGUUCAAGGACUUGCCUGACGAUGAGAGGCUCAUUGUAGACAAGAAGAGCUGGUACAACGCGCUGUAUCCCACCUACAAGAGCAAGUCCGACGACUUCAAGCGGCUGUUCAAGGACUUGCCUGACGAUGAGAGGCUCAUUGUAGACAAGAAGAGCUGGUACAACGCGCUGUAUCCCACCUACAAGAGCAAGUCCGACGACUUCAAGCGGCUGUUCAAGGACUUGCCUGACGAUGAGAGGCUCAUUGUAGACAAGAAGAGCUGGUACAACGCGCUGUAUCCCACCUACAAGAGCAAGUCCGACGACUUCAAGCGGCUGUUCAAGGACUUGCCUGACGAUGAGAGGCUCAUUGUAGACAAGAAGAGCUGGUACAACGCGCUGUAUCCCACCUACAAGAGCAAGUCCGACGACUUCAAGCGGCUGUUCAAGGACUUGCCUGACGAUGAGAGGCUCAUUGUAGGUCAGUAUACCGCCACAACUCUUCCAGCAGUAACUAGACAAGAAGAUACAGCGCGUUGUACCAGCUGGUACAACGCGCUGUAUCCCACCUACAAGAGCAAGUCCGACGACUUCAAGCGGCUGUUCAAGGACUUGCCUGACGAUGAGAGGCUCAUUGUAGACUACUCGUGCGCACUACAGAAGGACAUCCUAGUCCACGGGCGUCUAUACGCGUCGCAGAACUACCUGUGCUUCUACGCGUCCAUCUUCGGUUGGGAGACGUCGCUGUCGUUGCGCUGGAAGGACGUCACCGCCAUCACCAAGGAGAAGACCGCGCUGGUGAUCCCGAACGCGAUCCUGGUGUGUACGGAGAGCGAGAAAAGCUUCCUGACGUCAUUCUCGGGCCGCGACAAGGCCUACCUCAUGCUGUUCCGCAUCUGGCAGAACGCGCUCAUGGACCAGCCCAUGACCAGCCACGAGAUCUGGCAGUGGGUGCACAGCUGCUACGGCGAGGAGCUGGGCUUCAACUCGGACGACGAGGGCUACGGCCGCGACUUCCCCGAGGAGCCGCCGGCGCUGCCGCCCGACAACAUCUCCGAGGACCUGGUGGACUCGUCAAUGGACGCCAGCAGCGCGGCGGACGCGCGUGACUCGCCGCGACAACGCGGCGGCCGCCACCCGCACCGGGACUCCUCACCACCACUAGUGACGAACGGCGACGGGUAUAAAGAGGACGAGGGCGGCGACACACUGCCUACAGACAUGUCAGACACCAGUGACAGCGAGCCGGAGAAGCCUCACAACGGCGGCUCAGUAGAGAAGUGCUCUGCGUCGCACGAGGGCCGCGCGCUUCUGCGAGCGCAGUUCCCGUUCAACGUGGACCAGCUGUUCACCAUGAUCUUCACCAACUCCAAGUUCAACCUCGAGCUGCUGGCCGCUAGGGGCACCACCGACUACGUGCAGGCGCCGUGGCAGCCGGCGGCGGGGCUGAAGUGCCGGCAGCUGAGCUACACGCUGAGCCUCACGUCCGGCCCCAUCGGGCCCAAGGAGGUGCAGGUCACGGAAACGCAGGUCAUGAACAAGUGCUCGAAGCCGGGCGUGAUGUACUCCAUCGACUCCACCAGCGAAAACGCCGGCAUCCCCUACGCAGACUACUUUAGCGUUAAGGUUCACUACUGCAUGCAGCGGGUGGCGGAGCACGUGACCAGCCUGGCCAUCACCGGCUACAUACACUACAAGAAGACCAUGUGGCCCAUGAUCAAAGGUUUCCUGGAGAAGAACACGAUGUCAGGGCUGGAGGAUUACGCGCGUGUUCUGGAGGCUCGCUUGGCAGCAGAGGCCGACGCCGCCGCGCCCGCCGCCCGCAAGCACCGCCGGCAUCGGCGACCCGUCGGCAUCGCGUCUCCACCCGAAGCGGCGGCGGUAGCGGCGGUGCUAGGCCCAGCUUGUGCGCCCGUACCGCGUGGGACGCGGACAGCGCGCGGAGGGACGGAGCGCUGGCUGCUGGGCUCGCUGCUGCUGCUGCUGCUCAUCAACGCGCUGCUGUACUGGAAGCUGUACCACGACCAGCGUCAUCUGGACGUUGAACAGCUGCAUUCCAGGAUGAGCGGGCUGGACGGGCCGCUGGCGGCGGAGUGGGCGCGGCUGCUGCGGCAGCACUCGCACGAGCAGCGCGGCCAGCUGCGCGCCUGGCGCUCCGCCCUCGACGCCACGCGGGCGCACCUCGUGCAGGUACACACAGGGACGGUACCUCGUGCAGGUACACACAGGGACGGUACCUCGUGCAGGUACACACGGGGACGGUCGGGACGAGCGGCUGGACGGGCCGCUGGCGGCGGAGUGGGCGCGGCUGCUGCGGCAGCACUCGCACGAGCAGCGCGGCCAGCUGCGCGCCUGGCGCUCCGCCCUCGACGCCACGCGGGCGCUCCUCGUGCAGGUACACACGGGGACGGUACCUCGUGCAGGUACACACAGGGACGGUACCUCGUGCAGGUACACACAGGGACGGUACCUCGUGCAGGUACACACAGGGACGGUACCUCGUGCAGGUACACACAGGGACGGUACCUCGUGCAGGUACACACAGGGACGGUACCUCGUGCAGGUACACACAGGGACGGUACCUCGUGCAGGUACACACGGGGACGGUCGGGACGAGCGGCUGGACGGGCCGCUGGCGGCGGAGUGGGCGCGGCUGCUGCGGCAGCACUCGCACGAGCAGCGCGGCCAGCUGCGCGCCUGGCGCUCCGCCCUCGACGCCACGCGGGCGCUCCUCGUGCAGGUACACACGGGGACGGUACCUCGUGCAGGUACACACGGGGACGGUACCUCGUGCAGGUACACACAGGGACGGUACCUCGUGCAGGUACACACAGGGACGGUACCUCGUGCAGGUACACACAGGGACGGUACCUCGUGCAGGUACACACAGGGACGGUACCUCGUGCAGGUACACACAGGGACGGUACCUCGUGCAGGUACACACAGGGACGGUACCUCGUGCAGGUACACACGGGGACGGUCGGGACGAGCGGCUGGACGGGCCGCUGGCGGCGGAGUGGGCGCGGCUGCUGCGGCAGCACUCGCACGAGCAGCGCGGCCAGCUGCGCGCCUGGCGCUCCGCCCUCGACGCCACGCGGGCGCACCUCGUGCAGGUACACACAGGGACGGUACCUCGUGCAGGUACACACAGGGACGGUACCUCGUGCAGGUACACACGGGGACGGUCGGGACGAGCGGCUGGACGGGCCGCUGGCGGCGGAGUGGGCGCGGCUGCUGCGGCAGCACUCGCACGAGCAGCGCGGCCAGCUGCGCGCCUGGCGCUCCGCCCUCGACGCCACGCGGGCGCUCCUCGUGCAGGUACACACGGGGACGGUACCUCGUGCAGGUACACACAGGGACGGUACCUCGUGCAGGUACACACAGGGACGGUACCUCGUGCAGGUACACACAGGGACGGUACCUCGUGCAGGUACACACAGGGACGGUACCUCGUGCAGGUACACACAGGGACGGUACCUCGUGCAGGUACACACGGGGACGGUACCUCGUGCAGGUACACACGGGGACGGUACCUCGUGCAGGUACACACAGGGACGGUACCUCGUGCAGGUACACACAGGGACGGUACCUCGUGCAGGUACACACAGGGACGGUACCUCGUGCAGGUACACACAGGGACGGUACCUCGUGCAGGUACACACAGGGACGGUACCUCGUGCAGGUACACACAGGGACGGUACCUCGUGCAGGUACACACGGGGACGGUCGGGACGAGCGGCUGGACGGGCCGCUGGCGGCGGAGUGGGCGCGGCUGCUGCGGCAGCACUCGCACGAGCAGCGUGGCCAGCUGCGCGCCUGGCGCUCCGCCCUCGACGCCACGCGGGCGCUCCUCGUGCAGACGGAGCAGGCGCUGAUCAAGCUACUGGAGACCAUCAAACCGUCGCUUGAGGCGCCGCCCGACCCGCCCGCGCCACGCGACGACCUAUAAGUACUGUUACUGGUAGGAAUUUACUCAAGGUAAACCUCUAUUCUGUCUUUCUUUUGGUGGUCGAAAUUAGACCAUUUUAUUUUGCAAAGCCCGGUCUGUGAGCACGUAGAAUUUUGUCCAAUGACCCCAAGCUACCCAUCCUUAUCGCUCGCGCGUAAUUAUAUUGCUGUCGCGACUGUGCGACAUGCGCCCGCAGUGAGUGUACGAGCGCGACAGCAACAUAAUUACGCGCGAGCGAUAAGGAUGGGUAGCUUGGGGUCAUUGGACAAAAUUCUACGUGCUCGCAGACCAGACUAUAGACAAGUCAAUUUAGACAAGAUUGUAGCAUAAUUGUUGAAUACAACAAAACGUCAAGCUUAAUAUUUGCAACUUGAGUCUUUUCCUAAAAAAGAAGUCAAAUGAGAUUGUUUACUUUGGGUAAAUUCUAUAGAAAUGACUACACUUUGCAUGAGCGAAACCAACAUAUUGACACGACUUUAUCCAUUGUAAAGUUUUCAGCAUCAUUUAGUAAUUUUGACUAAUUAUCAGUCGUGCUACUUAAUUCUGAUCGUGUAUACGAAUUCGCUCGUGUGAAGGAGCCUUUAGUGAACGCAGCGUUGCGCACUCGGAUGUCUAGCUUCUAUCGCUUCGAAUCAUUUUGUUUUUGCACCAAAAGACCAAUGACGAAGGCUAUAAAAUGACGCGUUUCGCAAGGAAUAAAGCCAGUAGAUAUAAUAAACACAUUUUAGUAAAUAAAUCUGUUUAGGUUUGAAUUAACGAAUGCUUUUUUCCAUACAACUGAAUUCAUUAUUCGAACGGCAUAUAGCCUUUGUUAGCCCUAUCCUUUUCUUUCUACCUAUAUUUUUUUACCAAGGGCGUUACUUACGUUACGGCCAACCUUAUGGAUUUUCUUCAGUCUUAAGUAUUAUUUCAGUUUCUUUCUUUUUGGUGCAAGUACAAAAAUAAAAUUCCUGCCAUUGUAAAGUUCCUCCACGUGGGCUAACCUAAAUAGAUUUCAGAAUUUUAUUUAUUCAUAAAAAAAAACAUAAUAUGCAGUCCUUGAAAUAUUCUGUCGUUAUUUGUUAAAUUCAACAUUAUCAAUACAUUCUCCCCCACUCCGUAAAUUAAAACGCGCAAAGUGCAGCUGUCUAUGAAUAUGUAAAUAUUGAAGCGUUCUUUAGAACUGACGACAUCCGAGUGCGUCUCUAAAUAAAUUAAUUAAAUGAUAUUUAUAAAUGUACAUCUGUCAGAGGUUUUCAUAUUGCAUGACCAAAACAAAGGGGUUGCUAUUUCUUUUGUAGCAAUACUUACCAAAGAUACCGUCUACUAACAGGCUAUGAAAUGAAAGAUAUAGUGACUUCGUCAUUUGACAUGAUACGAAUUAAAUCUAUUUAAAUACAUACAUUUCUAUUUCUAAAAAUCAAAUGAUUUAUAUUUAUAUUUCAAUGACAUAAAAUUUCAAUUUUGCAAAAUCUCCCGCCCUGAAAACCUCGCGGAGUCCCACUGUGAUACAAUUAGAUACAUUAAUUUUAAAUAUUCCUCUAGUUGAAUUUCUUUUAUGACGUAAUGGCGCUUGGUGUUUAUCCCAAUUUUAUUAUUUUGUGGCUUGGGAAAAUACUUUCAGUGUACACCAAGUACGGUACCUUGACAGAAAUUAACUUGCAAGGAUCUUAUUUAAAAUAAGACUAUACAAUUCCAAAAUAAUCACAAUAAACUAUAAUUUUAUUUGCUAAUCUGUACUUACUAUGUAUUCAUGAAUGAUUUUUUUAACGUUUACCAUUGUAUAAAUGUUGUAUUUAGUUUAUUUUUAGUAUUGCUAAAUCAUUGCCUGCUAUUAGGUUUUUGGAAUUGCAAAAUUAUCUAACUGACAGCUCUACCAAAAAUAUGUAGACUUUCCGGUUCUAGCUUAAUUCUUAAUUUUGGAAAGCGACAGAAAUAAAUAAUUUAAGCGACUAAGAUAAGUGAUGUGUGUCGACCGCCAAACGUAAAUCAUGUUACAAGUUAAGCGAGUUUAUAAUAAGUACGUAUCAGAGUGGAUCUUAUUUACUGUAGACAAUUAUAAUAAUGUAGGUGUAAUUCCCCUGAAUCAUGUUCCAAAUCUAGCUGUUGUAGACAAUGCGGGCCAUUGAUAAUGUAAACGAUGGGACCGAUUCCGAGGCUUUUCACUACUGAACAAAAUAAACUAACGCUUUAAGAAAAUACUAUUAUAAACAUAGCAUUUAAUUCAAUGUAUACCUGCUAUGCUAAGGCUCAAUUUUUCAUAAGCUUGCCAUAUUGACAGAUUUCGUGUUGAAAAAUGUCUCUAUUCUUCAGAUCAUCAUCCUCUUGGCUCUCUUUCCUUUGGGGGGUUAAAAUUAUAAGUAGUUAUUAAAUAAAGCCUUGUAAAAAUCCUCGGAAUCAGACCCGAUAUCGCGCUAAUGCCAAUACACAAAUAAAUAUUUGUAUACUUGAAGAUAAUUUUAAGAGAUCUUACCCAGUUCGUAAUCAAUAACAAGUUCAAGUUAUAUCAAUAAUAAAUUGUAAUAAAACAGAUUAAUUACUUUAGUCGGCGCAUUCCCAGUACAACGCCAACCGCCGGGAGAGGCCGAAACCUUUAGGUGUAAGGACGAAAUAAAUAGAUUAAUAGAUAAUAUAUUAUAUGUAAUAGAUGAGAUAAAUUAUAAACCGUUAACGCAGGCGUCUUAAAUGUUUAUAAUAAAUUAGGUAAUAUACGUAUUCCGAAUGAGUAGUGUACUUUUCAGUUGUAUUAGGUGUUACGAUCUCUUUAAUUGUAUAAAUUAGUUAAUUUCGUGGUGCUCUAGGUUAAUGUUUUGUUUUAUGUAUUUAAUGUCAAUUGUCUUUCAUAGCCGCCGGCGCGGAGUCGCGAGCGAGCGUAGCGUGUAUUGUAACGUUUCUUUAUUCAAUGCAGUUAUGUUAAAUCGAUCCAUUCCAAAAUAGUAUGAUCUGAGAGCAGUCGGGAGAUUCCUACUAGUGUUAGAAGUGCAUUUGAGGCGCCCACCGGUGCACAAACUAUUUCAGUUAGGCAGUGUCUUUAUGUUAAGUUAGACAAUUCUAUUUCGCAGUAUUGAUUAAAUAUUUUAAUGAAUUA